AUGACGCGCGCCGUCCUCGCGACCGCCGUCGCGCUCGCGGCGGUCCCUCCGCGCCGCGGGGGACCCCGCCGCGACCGCGCGGCGUCGCGGCAGCGACGCCGCGCGCCCGCGACGACGACGACGACGGCGCGCGAUCGCCAGCGCCAGCGCCAGCAUCGCGUCGAGGGGACGUCCCGUCGCCUCGUCCGAUUUCACGACGACGACGACCGGAUACGGGUUCGCGCCGCGUCCGAAUCCGAAUCCGAACCGCCGCCGCCGCCGCGGUUCGCGCGCGACGUCCGCGCGCGCGCGUUCGGAUUCUUCGGACGCGGCGUCGGACGACGCGGAGGGAUGGGACGCGACGACGAGAAAGACGCGGAGGCGGACGGCGUCGGCGCGCGAGACGGAGAGAUGAAAAUAAUGUACCUCGACCCGAAGGGCGACGACGCGCCCGUGCGCAUCGACGCGCCCACCGGGUACUCCUGGGACGACGACGUCUCGUCCAUCGUCGUCGAGGCGGACGACCGCGCGUCGUCGUCGGAAUCGGAAUCGGGACCCGGAGGGUACUACGCGGGGUACGCGUACGGCGACGGCGACGGCGACGGCGAAGCGUGGCUCCCGCCGGGGUCCCGCGCCAUGAGAAGGGGGCGCUCUGGGAUGAUGAACGAUACUAAACGAAUUCGAUUUCGACGACGAAGGCUGCGGUGGCCUCCGUACUUGGGCGCGGGGCUCGCGCCGCGGUUCGCGCGCAGCGUCUGGGCGCUCAUCGCCGUCGGCGGCGUCGUGUGGGCGUUGUGGUCCGCGGCGAAGCACGUUUUGCUCUUCGGCGUCGGCGCGACCGGCGCACAGCUGGCGUCGACAGUCACCGCCGCGGCGAUCAACCGCGCCGCGUUGGAAGCCCUCGCGGGCCUCGCGGAGGGCGCGCUGAUCGGCAUCUUAGUCGCGCCGACCACGGGCGCGCUGAUCGCCGCGGCCGCUGAGUUUGCGCUUCGCGCGGCGAUGAGGUUGCGCGCGUCGUCGCUGCCGCGGACGCUCGCGCCGGCGACGGCCAAGACUUCCGGCGAACGCGCCGAGCGCGUCGCCGCCGCGGAGAAACACGGGGACGCGCACGCGAGAUUCGCGCGUCUGAAGAAAGCCACGGAGGCGGCCGCGGGGGCUCGGCACGCCGCCGCUGCGUUCGCCGUCGACGCGUGGACGCGGCCGCUCGUGUUUAGCAUCGUCGCCGCGGCGCUCUACUUCACCGUCGUCUCAGUCUGCGGCGGGUUCGGGCUUCACGGGAUGUCGAAUCUCACCGGUCUCUCCGCGGGGCAGCAGCUUCUGCGGCUGCCGCGUUCGGUCAUCGUCGCGUGGUACGGCGCCGUCGUCCUCGCCGCCGCGCUCGUGGCGUCGCUUCGAAGGAAGGACGGCGCCGCGGUCGCGAGCGUGCGGCGCGAGUUGGAGAAGAGAGAGAGGGAAUUCAUCGAGGGAUUGCACCGCGGAAACUUUUCGUGCCGGUGGCGCGCGGACGCGUACGUCGCGCCGCAGUCCGCCGCGGAUAAGGCGCUGACGAACGCGGCGGUCGCGGCCGCCGCCGCCGCCGCCGCGGUGGACCGCCACGUCCCACCGAGCGCGGCGCCGGCGCUAAUUUUGGACGCCGGCGACGCGCGGACGUCCACCGCGCUCGCGUCCGCGUUCACCUUCGCGACGAGGCACCACUCGGGAGGCGACACGUGGCGCCUGGAUUCGCCGCGCGGCGGCAAAGGUGCACCUCCGAAGCGGCGAUUGGGGCAGCGCGUCGGCAGCGUCCGGGGGGUCCGUGUCAUUGUCCGGCUCAGUUGGCUCGGGAUCCGGCUCCGGCUCCGGAUCCGGAUCGCAAGACGACGACGACGACCGGGCGUUCGUGACGGGAACGGGGACGGGGGGGACGGGGACGGGGAGGACGCGGAGGAGGCGCGUGAGGAGGGGAACGAUGCUGACGUGGACGACAACGUCGGAGAAUCCUCCGACGAAUCAUCCCGCGGCGCGAAAUCCCGCGGCGCGUCCGGAUUUCCCUCCGCCGCGAUCUUCGUGCCGAACCAACACACGCACGUCGUCCGCGAACUCCGAGCGAAGUCGCCCUCGAAGUGCACGGCGUUCGCCGCGGACGUGCGCGACGUGUUGGCGCUGCGAUCCCCGUGCGCGACGGCGCUUCACUGCGUGUACUUGGACCACUGCGGCGCCGUCGCGCAACGCGAGCAGCAGCUCUGGGACGUGUUUUCGCGGCACGCCGUCGCCGACGGCGGCGUCCUCGCGGUGACCUUCUCCACGCGAGGCAAACGCAGAGGCUGGAGCAAAGCGAAGGCGGUGAGCACGUGCGUCAGAGGGCUGAUCGAAGCCGCGGACGCGCACGGGUACGAGCUUCACGGCGGCGCCGCGGACGGCGGCGGGUGCGCCGCCGAGGCGAGCGCGGAUCUCUCGCGGCUGCUCGAUUACACCGUGUCCUUCGGCGACGAAGGCGACGGCGCGUCGGACGCGUCGGACGCGUCGCCACCGGAAGAUGAAACGUCAACCGACGCCUCUCGCGCGAGUGCGCGAACGCGAACGCGAACGCGAAGAAGAACCGCGGGAGAGACCGCGAGCGCGUACCUCGCGCACGCGAUGACGGUCGAGAACGCGCUGCAAAGGUACCUCGCGUCGUGCGACGCGCUCGGCGGCGUCGACCACGCGUUCGAUCGCUUCCGCGCGCCGUCGCCCGCUAACGUCGCGCUCGUCUCCGCCGCGGUCUCCGCCGCGGGCGACCUCGCGCGAACCCUGUCAGGGUGGAGCAAGGACACGGGAUACGCGGGAGGAUUUGGAGGCGGAGGUAACGCGGAGGUGUUUAACACUUGGGCGGCGCGGCGACGCCGGCGGAUGUGCGGCUACGUGAGCGACCGCGUGCUCGGGAACGCUUUGGACGCGCGCAAGCCGUCGCGCGCGGAUGCGCGGCUGCUCGCGUCGUUGGGGCGGGAGGUGGUGGAGGCGAUGGACGCGGCCGCGGCGCUGGCGGCGCCGACCGCGAUCGGGGGGAGGAGGCGCGCGGCGAGCGACGCUUCGGGCCCGCGCGGGGAGGUGACGUACCCGCGGUGUUUCUUCCUGUACGACACGCUGAUGUUCUUCGUGUUCAAGGUGAAGGCGAAGCGCGUCGGUGGGGGCGGCGGGGGGGUGCGGGCGACCGCGGGGGGAAGCCGCGCGCGGAGAUGA